AUGGAUUUCACCGUCGCCGUGAUCGAAGCUGGAGAUUCAGUCCUCAAUAAUGCUAACGUAUCUGCCGUGACGGGCUAUGGUCGAGCAUUUGGGACACAACUCGACUGGGCCUACGAAACCGAAGACCAAACAUACGCAGGAGGAUCGAAGCAGAUUGUGCGAGCUGGAAAGGCUAUUGGUGGAACAAGCACUAUUAACGGGAUGUCGUACACUCGAGCGCAAAGAGCGCAAAUCGAUGCCUGGGAGCAGGUCGGAAACAAGGGUUGGAAUUGGGACAACCUCCUCACAUACUAUAAGAAGUCAGAACAGUUUCAGGUGCCAACACCAGAUCAAAUUGCUCGUGGCGCUGACUAUUACAUCUCCUAUCAUGGAGAAAAUGGCCCACUCAAAGUCGGUUGGCCUCAUGCAAUGACGAACGGCAGCGUGCUACCCGUGCUAGAUGAAACCUUUCAACAAAUAGGUCUCCCCUACAAUAGGGAUUGCAAUGGUGGUAGCAUGGUGGGACUCACAGUCCAUCCCAAUACCGUCGACAGGGAGGCUAACGUUCGCCAUGAUGCGGCCAGAGCUUACUAUUGGCCCUAUGAAAAUCGUUCCAAUCUCAAAAUUAUAUCAAAUACCUACGCGAACAAGAUUAUCUGGGCAAGCGAUUCGAGCGAGGCCGUUGCUAUUGGAGUUGAAGUUACCGGGGUCAAUGGAACGAAGACGAUAUAUGCUUCGAAGGAGGUAAUUCUGUCAGCUGGAUCCCUUAGAUCACCUGCUAUUCUGGAGUUGUCUGGUAUUGGAAAUCCUGACAUCCUCCGCAAAUAUGACAUUCCUGUCAAAGUCAACAUCUCCGCUGUUGGUGAGAACUUGCAAGAUCAAACCAACAAUGGGCUCUCUUAUGAGGGUAGUGAGUUCCGGUUGGGUUCGCCAACCUUCUCCGCUCUACCAUCAGCCGAUGACAUAUACGGCGACAAGGUUGGUGCUGUUGGGUCCCUCAUCAAUGCAAGCCUUGCGGAAUAUGCAAAGAAUGUAUCGGAUCACUCCAACGGUGCAGUCCAGGAAGCCAAUGUUCUGGCUGCUUUUCUACUACAGCACGAUCUAAUAUUCAAAUCACAAGUUCCAUACGCGGAGCUUGUGCUGCUUCCCAUCGGACACACAUUCACCAGUGAAUACUGGCCUCUUCUUCCUUUCUCCAGAGGAAGUGUCCACAUAAAGUCCAACGACGUCUCCCAACCACCCUCCAUCAACCCAAAUUUCUUCAUGUUUGGGCAGGAUCUGACGGCACAUGCUGAUAUUGCUCGGUAUAUCCGCAAGGCAUUCAGUACUGCACCCUUGAGCAAGCUUGUAGGAGAGGAAAUUUCACCAGGAAAGGAACAUGUUCCUGAUGAUGCGCCUGACUCUACGUGGGAGAGCUGGGUCAAGUCAGAAUAUAGAUCAAACUACCACCCAGUCGGCACCGCGAGCAUGUUGCCUCGGGAUAAAGGUGGCGUUGUUAACGCUGAUCUCAGGGUUUACGGUACUAAAAAUGUGCGAGUGGUUGACGCUUCUGUUGUGCCCUUCCAACUUUGUGGCCAUUUGACGAGUACUCUUUAUGCUGUGGCCGAGAAAGCGGCCGACUUGAUUAAAAAGCGAUAUAGGUUUUAG